AUGCAAGGAGAUGCGCAGCCCAAUCAGAUCGAUGACUCAAGCACAUCUGUUGAGCCUGCAACAAGCAUUAAGAAGAGUUUAUCUCUGCACAGAUGCUUCACAGACCCAGAAACAUGUGCCAGGAUGCAACGAAUAAUGCAUACACACAACCAAUUCAGAGAAUGCAUCCGUGACGGCAAUUGCCUGUAUAUUUCAUAUGCAGUGGCACUUGCCGAUCUUGUGUGUGCUGAAAACCAGCUGUUUGGAACACUGGUAAGUGUAUUUGAUCGGAUAAAUUCAAGAUUUACUGCAUGUGGGAUUGAGCAGCUAGGGUUUUCAGGCUUCCAUGAAACGUUUGUUGAGGUGCUGAAGGACGUUAUGGACGGCACGGUGAAAGUGGAAGACGUUCCACUGUAUACAUGGUAUGACUGUGUGGCGUAUCUGAGGCUUGUUGUAUCGGCAGAGCUGAAGAGUAAUUCUGACGUUUACCAACUGUACAUUCCAGACAUGGGUGUUGAUCAAUACUGCUCAACACAUGUAGAUCCGUUUUUCAAGCAUGCAGGAUGCAUCGAGAUAUGUGCUCUUUCAAACAGCAUACCAAUAGCAAUUAAGAUUGUGGAUGUUGGAAAGGACGGUAUCGACACAUAUGCAGAUCACAGGGAAAGCAUCUCGAUACUCUAUGCACAUAGCCACUUCGAACCGGUGUAUGAGCAUGAGCAUUAG